AUGGCGACGCCUUCUGCCGCUCCCGCUCCGCAAUCUGCGCCUGCGGUCAACGGCACCGCGAACCUUGAACUGGACGUGUCCAAGUUGCACGCCCUUCCGACUGAACAGCAAGACCUGUACCUGUUGACGUUUGUCUCCGACUUUCAGCGGCAUGUCGAACAGUUGUCGGCCGAGUCCCUACCUUCCUAUCAAGCUUCGAUCAAGAGGGAAGUCAUCAAGAUCGUCGGAUUGGGAUCUCCCGUGCCCUCUCGUGUGAUCCGAAACGGCCUCGGGAGAAUCCUCGCAGAUGCAUUCGGUCGUGGCAGCCGCAGUCUCCUCUAUGAAACGAUCAACGACCUCUUAGCCGUCUUGAAUGCGGGAAAGACGGACAAAGAGCUGGGCUCAAAACAUGCGGCCGUCGUUUGUCUCAGGGCUGUUCUUCGCGCGGCAGGAGACAGUGCUAUCAGUCUCUCUGGUUUCACGGUUGCGACGAUUCUCAAACUCUUGAAGUCUUCCCAUGCAGGAAUAAGGGGAUGCGUCUUCCGAGCACUCGGCGGACUGAUCAUCGGGAUAAAAAGAAGCCUGGAUGAGCAUGUUGCUCGGGACAUCUGGAAACAGGCCCGACAUGCUGCAACUGGUGACAAGUCAACCUUUGUCCAGAGAUGUGCAUGUUCAUGUCUCCGCAGUCUGGCUAGUGAGACCGGCUACUUCAACAACUCGAAUGACUUCGAUAACCUCAAGACAACUAUCUGGAAAGCAUUCGACAGUUCCACCCCGCCGGUCAGGCAUGCCGCCGCCGGCGCUAUGGCGGCUGCACUGAAUCAAGCAUAUUCUGUGAAUGGGCACGCCGAGAUACCGGUAUUGCGGAAACCCAAAAAGUCCAAGAAGCCAGGAGACGACCUGGAUGAGGAAGUUGAGGCUGAAAGGCCAGCCUCGCCCACACCUGGACAGGCAAAGGCCUCGAUGCGGCUGACUUUUUCCUUGAACGAAGUUCUCCGAAUCCUCUCGCAGCAAUAUUGUCGGGCGUCGACAACGAACAAAUCUCGUGCGGGCAUAGCAGUUUGUUACAAAUAUCUCCUUCACUUACUGCCUCGGAAGACCUUGGAGGAAAACUACGCCUCGAUAGCAGUGCAUACAUAUGCGGAUCUACUGAAUCACUCGACCAUAUCAUUCAAUCGACAUCGACUGCUCCUUACCCGGAAACUGGUCCAGUGGAUCCUUGCCGAUGUCACGGUCCUGCUGACAGAGAACGCUCAGGUCAAUGCAGCCCGCUACCUUAUUAAUGAUGUUAUCAAGAACUAUCCCCAGGUACUGCCGGAAAAACGCGAACCGUCAAAGCGGAUCCUUGCUGGAGCGUUAACGACUCUGACAGACUUGUUGUUGCGCCUGGGACCAGCAGCCAAUGUCUUUCAAGAUUCCUGCAGAGAAGCAUUAUUCCAAGUAAUCCAGCAUCCCAGCCACACGGUCCAGAGCCAUGCCGCUCAAUGCUUCAGGGCCUUUAUACUCGCGUGUCCGACCCAGCUCAUGCGUGCUAUCGAACAUGCCAUGUCGCAGUUGCACAGAGAAUUUCAACCGGCCGAGGCCAAGCAACCACACCGAAAGUCAAUCGGAUUUGCCGCCGCCAUUGCAGUUGCUGUGAGCUGCGCACCCCAAAGACCGCUAUAUGGCUCCGUCCAGACGUAUUCGGCCAUCUUCACAUUCGCGACGGACCUAUUGAAGUCGAGUGCAGCCGCCGAACUACGGCUCUCAGCAAUGCAAGUGCAGGUCGCCUGGACUUUGAUCGGCGGUCUGAUGAGUUUGGGACCCAGCUUUGUCAAAGUCCACCUGAAUCAGCUCAUGUUACUCUGGCGAAACGCACUCCCUCCUCCGCUGACCCAUGAAAAUGCCGGCAAGAGAGGCCAUUUGGAGCUCAGCUUUUUAUCACACGUCCGCGAAUGUGCCCUGAGCGCACUGCUCAUGUUUCUUUCCUCUUGCAGUGGCUUGGUCACCACAGAUGGCUCGAAGCGAAUCUCCACCAUGCUGCAUAAUACUAUCCUUUUCCUUGACAGCUUGCCGCCUGCUCGAGAGUCAGAGGAUGUGUCUCACCGAUUACUGCCUGCCCUUCAACUGCAGGACUUCGCAAUCUUGCUCCGCCGACGUGUGCUCCAAUGCUUCAUUUCUUUGGUCAGUUUAAAGCACCUCGAACAAGGCGACGUUGUGUCGCACUCGGAUUUGAUAGGUCUCACAAUGAGGACGUUCACCGACCCGGAACGUCCGGUUCUGAAAAGCCUGGAGGCGUCACUGGCAAAUACCGCGAGCAACUUUGAGGGGUUGUGGGCCACCGAAGACAACUGGAGCUUCGGCGUCAGCGGUUUGGCGGACAGUUUCGACACCUAUCUACCUUUCGAAAAUCAUAGUGAAUCAAGCAUUGACGCAUACACGGAACAAGAGAUUUCUAUUCCAGAUAUCCUGGUGCGAUGCCCUGCCUUGCCGGCAAUUGAACACGAUCCGGCCUUACUAUCAAGGCCAGACAAUCGCCUGGAUGAGGCGGAGAUUAGCUCACCUGCAACAUCCUGUGUGAAUCUGGCAAUCAAGCUCUUCGCCAUAUCAUUGCCUCUCCAGUCUCCCCGAAUCCAAGAGAGCACGGUGGAGCAGCUUAUCACUGCUGUCUCUCAACCACUGCAACGUGAACCAGGCCGAAAAGCGGCAAUGCAAAUCAACACUGCCCUCGCUUUCCUAUGCGCACUAGCUGUUGCGAAUAACGAAACGCCAUACAAUUCUGGGAAAAUGCAUGCCGGCGCAGUGGGACAAGUCAUCACUGAACUCUUGGACAGAUACCUGUGCAGCUCCGAUCCCAUCCUGCGGCACAUAUCCGCUCGGGCUAUAGGUCGCAUAUGCAAUCUCGCGGGAACUCAAUUCACUAACAGGGAGGUCAAAGUCCUCAUCGACAUAAUUGUGGCAAAUCGAGAUCCCAGCGCUCGUGCUGGAUGUGCUCUUGCGCUCGGAUACAUCCACUCUGAAGUGGGCGCCAUGGCAGCCAGUCUUCAUAUCAAGACUAUCGUCGGCGUCCUCCUAUCGUUGUGCAGUGACAGCCACACGACCGUUCAUUAUUGGGCUCUCAAAGGGUUGCUUCUGGUGGCAGAGUCCGCUGGACUGGCUUUCUCAACUUAUGCUACAAGCACGCUGGGUCUGCUUGCUCAACUCUACUCAAGUGAUACUCACAACGAGGAAGCUGCAUCGCUGGCGACAUCUAACCUUGAACUUGAGCAUUUCACGCCUUUGGCACUUGCGCAAUGUGUUGAUAGCAUCAUCAACGUCUUGGGCCCCGACCUGCAGGACGUCUCCAAAGCACGCAAUCUGAUACUGGUACUGAUCGGCUACUUGCAAAAAGAGCCCUCGGCAAGAUUACGCAGUGCAAGUUAUCAAUGCCUCCGUCAUCUUUGUAUGUAUGCGCCGGCACAUCUUCAGUUUGCCAAAUACGUCCUGGAUCUGCAGGCCAAUCUUUCGUCCGAUGAGGAUCUCCUCCGGUCGGCUGCGAUGAAAGGCCUUGGGGAAUUGAUGAAAAGGAAUUCGUCUGAGGUUGCGCGCGUGGCAACUUCUAAGCUGAGCGACGAUUUGUGGACACGCCUGGACGACAAUCCAGAAAACAAUGCCUUGCAGGGAAUGCUGCAGAACUGGAUGCAGCAAACCAUUCUGGUUGACACUGCCGCAUGGAUUGACAAAUGUCAAAGCAUCCUCUCCAGAACGAGAACAAAGGCGUCAGCACCAACCCGAGUCACCACCGCGAAGACUGCCAUGCCGGACUUGGCAGAUGAAGAGGUUGCGGGCUUUGCGGCGGCGGCGGCUGCUGCACAAGGUGAAACCGCUGAUGCCGCGCCCGAAGGUCAAGAGUUUCUCCGCUGGCAAACAAGAGACUUUGCUAUGCGGUUGCUCAGUGAAUCAAUGGACAUUAUCCAAGCAGCUAUGUCGCCGGAUCGAGUCAUUCCUGCCGAAGAAGUUCUACAGAGCAAGAUCGCGGAUGUGAUUCGCGUUGCCUUUUCAGCCUCGACCGCCAACGUGGUCGAGCUUCGCGUCUGGGGUCUUCGAAUAAUUGACCAGAUCCUGAAAUUAUUUGGCAAGACUCCGGAUCCUGAUUUCCUGGAAGCGUCCCUUCUGGAGCAGUAUCAAGCCCAGAUCAGCUCGGCUCUCACGCCCGCCUUCGCAUCUGACUCAUCCCCAGAACUAGCAGCUGAAGCCAUCGGCGUAUGCGCUACUUUUGUUGCUACAGGGAUCGUAACCAACGCAGAACGCAUGGGUCGUAUCUUCAAGGUUCUUGCCAUGGGCGUGGACAAUCUUACGCGACCUGUCCCAGAAGCCGCCAUUGGUGAUCUGAAGAAUCUCAGCCCAAAUGCACAGGCCAUGCUUAAGAUGGGCAUCCUUUCUAGCUGGGCACAGCUGCAGCUGGCAAGUUCUGACCAACCAUUCCUGGAGGAAAUCUUGCAGCCAUACAUUCCCAAACUGGCGCCACUGUGGUUGACAUCGCUGCAAGAGUUUGCCGGGUUGCGAUUUGAACCGGAGAUCUCAGAUACCCUGGGAGGCGAAGUUGCGGGCGGCAAUUUGGAUGAACGAUACGCGUCCUUCAACCGAGAAGUCCGAUUGAGGUUCUACCAAAAGAACUGGCUAAGCAUUGUAGAUGCCAUUGCUGUACUUGUGGAAAGGGACAGCGAAUCGGUGUUCGACGCUCUCGAUAACAAACGCAAUUCUGCGGUUGACGGCCCGGCAGAUGAAGCUGCUGCGCCUGGAAGAGACAUGAGCUUCCGUGAGGAACCUGUUGCAUUCUUCUUCAUUCUCUUCGGACUGGCUUUCGAGGCCUUGGUGACCCAGGCUAGGGAAGACCCUUCGCAGGCACUAUCAAUUUUGCAAGCUCUAAGGAAGAUACUGACGCCUGAAGUCUGUGGCAAUGCCAUCUACGAAGAGGCGGUGUUCAAUGAAACAACAGAUACUUUGGAUCGACUCGCUCUCACGAGCACGAGAGAGACACAGAGCGUUCUGGUAGAAAUUGCGCGGAAUUUGUCAUUGGAUCACGUCGCAGCAAAGAAUCAGGACCGUGAUGAAAAGCUCUCAGAUGACAUUGAGCAACUGUUUGAGUUGACAAGGAUUAUCAUCUUGGUCUUGACAGGUCUCAUACCGACCCUCGAAGAUCCGCCGGUUUCUGCGUUUCGAAGGCUUGGAGACGAUGGCAAUGCCCUCGUCCGGCUCUGCUUUCAAGCGCUCGUGGAUGUGGCCUCGAUAUUUCCGGCUAUCAUUCGGGCAGAUCUACAUGCCUGUAUUAUUCACAGCUACUGUACCCUUCUUGCGACUGGUUUAUGUCAGGAUGAAGUGCUGCCACAAAUCAUGCCUAUAUUCAAGGCGUUCCUCCAGGAUGUCGUUCAGUCCGGCCCCAAUGAAGUCAAUUCGAGGCUUGUCCGCGGGUGCUUGUACCGCAUGCUGUCGAUCUUGGCUGUGGCUCAGCGCCGAGAAAACGAAUAUGCGAUCACCUGUGCAAAGAACACUUUGCUCUCGAUGACGAUCUUGCUCACCACAGCCAGCUCGGUUGUUCCAGCCAACGACGAACUUAUCAUAAAAUCCUUGUCAGAGUUACUCGACUGCCUCCAAGACGUAGGCCUUGCAAAAAUCGCAGCCGGCUGUAUGCGGUCGUUACUUGUCACGAAUCCGAAAACACCUUGCGACGAUGCCGUUGGAAGAAUCCUGUGGACACGGCUGGUACCAUAUGUGGGUGAUCCGGAAGCGGAGGAUCCAGAGAGUGUGAAGACAUCAUUGACACAAGCUCUGGUGGCCGCUGUGGUCUCGAUCAAAGCCGCCGGACGAUUUGCUGCCAUGUCCAUAUUGGUGCCGCUACUCCUGCUUCGUGCUAAACAGAUCCCCAAGGGAAAUAGCUUGGACGCUAUGCGGAAAGAGAGCGCCGCGAGACUGCUCGAACUUGUGGCGACAGAUCAGAUAGCGUUCCGGAUGACGGUCGGUUUGUUGGACGAGGAACAGCGCUCGAAUUUGGAAAGCCUCCUGCGUGCUGCCGGUGUGGGCAAGAAACAGGAAGCCACCUCGGAGGAAAACGUCCAAGCAAGGCCGGCAAUUGAGCUGCGCAUGGACUUUGGAUGA